UGACGUCAGAAGUGAAGGACACAGGGUACAGGAAGAGGAGGAAAAGAAAGAUGGCGGCGGGUUCGGAUCACGGGCUGAAGAAACUAGUUUGGAAAAGAAUAAAAGAAACGAUUAUAGCUGACAGCAGAAAAUCGGAUAUAUGGAAGAUUUUGAUUCUGGACCCUUUCACCACCAAGCUCGUCUCAUCAUGCUGCAAAAUGUCCGACCUGAUGUCAGAAAAAAUAACAAUUGUGGAGGACCUGUACAGAAUCAGGGAGCCUGUUCCAGAAAUGAAGGCCAUCUACUUCAUGCCACCCACUGCUAAGUGUGUGGAUGCCUUUAUUGCGGACUUCAAAACCAAACCCAAGUAUAAAGCAGCUUACGUUUAUUUCACUGACUACUGUCCUGAUGACCUGUUCAACAAUAUGAAGCUGUACUGUGGAAAGUACAUACGAGUCUGUAAGGAAAUCAACAUGUCCUUCAUGCCGCAAGAGGCACAAGUGUUCACAUGUGAUAAUCCGGGAGCUUUCCAAAGCAUCUACAGUCCCAACAGCCAGGACAAAAAGAAAACCCUGGAGACCCUCGCAGACCAGCUCGUCUCUCUCUGUGCCACGUUGGACGAGUAUCCGGGAAUCAGAUACAAGAAAGACAGCAACAUGGAGAAUGCCAAGACUCUCGCAGAGCUGGUGGACAGCAAGCUGGCCAGACACUACGAGCUGGACGACAACGGCAAGAAAAAGGUAAAGACUCAGGCCCAGCUGCUGAUAGUGGAAAGAGGUUUUGACCCCGUCAGCCCCAUCCUACACGAGCUGACCUACCAGGCCAUGGCCUACGACCUCAUCAACGUCACCAACGACACCUACAAGUUCAAGUCCAAAGAUGGCUCGGAGAAGCAGGCCCUGCUGAAUGAGGACGACAUGCUCUGGGUGAGGCUGAGGCACAAGCACAUCGCUGAGGUCUCAGAACAAAUCCCCAAGAUGGUCAAGGAAAUAUCUGCAAGCAAGAAACAGCCGGAUGGGAAGAUCACAAUUAGCAACUUGGCCCAGAUGAUGAAGAAGAUGCCUUCGUUCCGUAAACAGCUGACUGAGCAAGCCGUUCACCUGCAGUUGGCCGAGGACUGUAUGCAACAAUACUCGAACAACGUGGAGAAACUCUGCAAAGCGGAACAGGACCUCGCUGUGGGGUCGGACGUGGAGGGGGUGAAGGUGAAAGAUCAAAUGAGGACCCUGCUGCCGGUGCUGCUCCACCCGUACAGCACCCACGAGAAGGUCAGAGCCGUGCUGCUCUACAUCUUCAGCCAAAAUGGAACAACAGACGAGAACUUGAACAAACUCAUCCAACAUGUCAAGAUCGAGGAUGAACGAGAAUUUAUCCUGAACUGGAAAGAACUGGGCGUCCCCAUCAUCACAUCGCUCUUCGCUCGCAAACCAUCCAGACGGGAUCGUUCCCAGGAUCAGACGUACAACCUUUCCAGAUGGACCCCUGUCAUAAAAGAUGUGAUGGAGGACGCUGUGGAGAACAAGCUGGACACCAGAGAGUGGCCCCACCAGUCCGAGUCUCCUGCUGCCUGGAACGGCUCCGGAGCUGUCAGCGCCCGUCAGAAGCACAAAACCAGCUCUCAGGACGAGCGGCGGACUGGCUCCCGCCUCAUCAUCUUCAUCAUCGGGGGAAUCACCUUCUCAGAGAUGCGUUCUGCCUACGAGGUCACCCAGUCCGUCAAAUCCUGCGAGGUCAUCAUAGGGUCCUCCCACAUUUUGACCCCCACCGGUCUCCUGGACGACAUCAAGGCCCUGAGCAAACGUCCCGUGGAGUCUUUCACAGUAGAAGAACGGAGCAACGCCUGAGAAGGCUGCCCCCUCGUCUCCCUGCUUCUCAUGUCUCUCUGCACACUGCACUCAAAUCUACUUCCUGAAUGGAAGACUGAAGGGAAUUUACCUUUAUACUCAUCUUUAUGUUUUCAUACAAGUGCACAUUAACAAUAGGUGUGGAACAGAUUCUCAAUUGAAAACCUUCAACCAGAAGAAUAUGGUCUGACUAUGAAACUCAGCCAUGUGCACAUUGGUCUUAUUAAAAUUGACUUUUUCUCUUCCUACUGAGAACUUUUGAAGAUGGUCUAACUCGCCUCUCUGUGUUUUGCCUUUGUCCUUUAAUAAACCUGCCUGUAAAGUUACAUGUUAAAGAGCAACUCUCAGAAACAGAAUGAUUUUGGAUGAAAGAAGCGUGAAGCUGAUGUAAAUACUGUACGUAAGCACUGAGUCCCUGCUCCACCACUUUGACGUUUUUCAGUAACUGCUGUUUAUAAACACUUAAUAUAAUUUUCAAGAGUGUCUUUAACAUAGAAUCUUUAUGUUGUUGUUUUGAAUUACUGACUAAUAAAAGGAUGAAGUUGUUCAAAA